AGCCCGGGUUAAUCCCUAGUGCAUAAAGAAAGACUCGAAUGAAAGUUGUCAAAAGAGAAAACAAAGACUUGGAAAAUCCGUGUAUGAGGCCAAAAGGUUUCAUGGACAAGUUGCUAGGAAUCAUGGAUGGCUACGUUUCAUCUUUUUAAGCGUUUACGGUGUAAAUGGGAAACACUAAAGUAAGUAAAGUAAUUAGGUAAAAUGGGAUAUUACAACAGAUAAAAUAAAAAACUAUGACAGAAUAAAGUUAACUGAAUUGGUUCUCUGCCUCCGGCGUCGCAUCUGUUCCACGGUGGUCGUCCGGCUUUUGCCUCCGGCGUUCUCAUCUUCAUCUCCGAUGAAGACGGCUGGCUAUAGUCUCCGCGUCUCACUAGCUUUGGUGUUGACGGCGGCUUUCAUCGGAUUCAUCCCGUUUUUGUUUCGAUCUAUGGUUCUCGUGGUUUCUAAUCCGACCGAUUCUCCUUCCUCCAUCCGUAAGUCUACGGUUUGUUGGAUCGAUUGACGUAGGUUGAGUAUCUUCUUUGAAGCAUAGAUCUGAAGUGUCUAGGGUUUCUGUGAAGAACGAGUCUCUGAUCCGUUUCUUCGCCGGUUAUGCUCCGCUGGCGGCGGAGGUCAAUCCUGCCGCUUCUCUUUCGCCGGAUGAAGUGAGGUGUCCUUGCCUUGACGCGUGUCCAUUGGUUGCAGGGCAACCGAACACGUGGUGGGCUGCUUCAUCUCCUUCCUCAACGGGUUUCUUCUAUGGGCUUGCGGCCUUUAGAGUUUUGUAUAGUUGGGCCUUAGGUUUGGGCUUUGUGUUUUACUGUUAUGGACUUUGUCUUGUUGGACUUUGAUCCAUUAAUAAAAAUUCCAGAUGGCAAAAAAAAAGUUAACUGAAUUGGUUAAAUAUGGAAUAUAUUCAUUCUGUUUAUUCUUUUUUUUUUCAAAUUGUAGAAGAUUACUUUGGUAUGUUUUCUUUGUAGUUUUUUUUUUGGAAUAGUUGUGAAAUUGAUGUUAUGAGAAUUUUAUGUCAUUCAAAUCAAGUUGUCAGAAUAUUAUAAGAUAUAAUUAACCAUCAUUUUAUUCCAAAAACUAACAAAUCCCGCAGUCUAUAAGAAAAUUCAUUUGUCACUCAUGAACUGGAACUAGGUUAUUAAUUUGUAGCUAAAAUAUAAAGUGUUAUUUGUGAUAUACAAUCACUUCUGAAUCUAAUUUAGUCUAUAUUUUUCAUUUUUAUCAUGAAAUUUAUAAGAAAUUUUUUUUACCAUUUUCUUGAAAAAACUUAUGAAAAGAUUUUCGAAAAAUAUAUAUUAAUAAUUGACGUGUAAGUACGAAGAGAAAAUAUUUUAAGCAUUUUUAGUUUUUAAAAUAUCCUCAAACUAACUAAACGAGUGGAUGUUCGUUUUCACUUUUAUGCAUAUAAAUAUUUGUUUUACAUAAUUAUUGACAUAUAAUUCAUUUACCAUAUUACUAAUGGUUUACUAUAACAUUUACAAAACAUAACAAUUUAUAAUUUACAUAUUAUAAUUUAAUUUAUUAUUUUAAAUUGUUAGUAGUAUCUCUUUAUUAAAACAUGAACAUUAAUUAAACUAAUAUUGUCUCUUCAUGGUUUUUUCACUUUUUUAUGAUUCUGGUAUCCAAAUGUUCCCUUGACCGUCCAUCAGAAAUUUAGGUAUAGUCCGCCGAAGGCAUCCAUGAGGCUGGUAAUCACCCCAUGUUAAUCUACCAGUGAUCAUGUGUAGUUUGAACAUAGAAUUCUCCGUAUUAAGCCCAAAGAUCUUUCAAAAUAAUCAUCACAAAUCCACCAGCAGCUAUGCUUCAAACCAUUUACCUAUCGGAUAAGAUGCUUAAGUGCGGUCCGUCCACUUGCCACCAGACCAUUAACGCGUGGUUUCAUGGUUUCUUUAUGAAAUACCACUCAAUUUAACACUAACAUUGGACAUGUAGUUAAGGGUAUAAUUGUAUUUAAGGUUUUGACCUUACAUGUUUCUUAACCAAACUGUUUAUAUGAUUUAGAUAUUUGAUUUAAUAGCCUAUAAUACAUCUAAUUUAUAAAACACCCAUUUAACUCAAAUUAUCAAACCGAAAAUUGCAAUACACUGUAUCUAUUUUCCAUCCUUUUAAAGUAAUAUCUCAAAUUUUAUGCAUAAUCAUAAUGAAUUUAAUAAUCAUUACAAAUCAGUUAAACAUUUAAGAGAUUUGUUUUAAUAAAAAUAUAUAUUUGUAUUUUAAAUAAAAUAUGAAUUUUUUUAAAUUCAACGGUAAUUUAGAAAAAAUAUGAGAAUAUUAUUCAAUUUGUCAAUUUGUUUAUUUUAAAAUAAUUCAAAUAUUUAUACAAAAAUUAAUUAAGCACACGUAGUGGCGGAGCCACUUUGGGUUGAGGGGGGUCAGUUGACCCCUAUGAAAUCUAUACAAAAUUAGAUUUAGGCUUGUUUUCAGUGUUAUUCUUGUGGUGAGAUGGCCAAAUUCUAUUCCUUUGACCCCCAUGUCUUCGGUUCAAAACCCAUGCAUGAUUAUUUUUCCUCUAAUAAAAUAAUUUUGACCCCUAUAAAAUCUACAUCUAGCUCCGCCACUGAGCACACGUGAUCUAAAUAAACAUUACAUACGAAAAAGUUUAUGACUUCUGUUAUGAUAUAAAAUACAAAAUCAUUAUUACGCGUUAUUAGUGUAAAAAAGUUUUAGAUAGUAGGUUUAUAUCUUGUUUUCACGUGUUGUUUACGUUAUUGGUUAUAGCGAAACCAAGAAAAUAGUAUUAAAGAAAGUGCGAUCGUCAUGAGUGAUGACGGAACUGACGUAUGCAAAUGCGAACGGCAUAUGUGAUGCGGUGGUGCUGUGAUGUGCUGACGUGGUAAAUUAUGUCAGUUUCGAAAAAGUUGUAAAUCAUAAAAUUAUAUUAUCAAAUUAUUGCUAGUGGUGUAAUUUAUUGAUUUUAUAAUAUUGUUAUGAACAAAGUCUUUAUUUAUAUAAUUUCAUGUGGCUCUACUCUAAUAUCCGAAGACAAACGUAAGUUUCAGAAAAAGUUGUAUGAAAGAAAAGUAAAAAGUAAAGUUCAAAGGAAAAAAAAGGGAAAUUGUCAUUUAAAUCAUAAACUUUUAAAUUUAGUUAAAAAAAUAUAUAAACUUUUUAUUGGACCAUUUAAAACACUAACUUAGUUUGAAUAAUCACUUUAAACUUCAAUUUAAUUUGGUUUAAUUUGACUAAACCAAAUUAAAAACAACAUUAAUUCGGAUAACGGAUUGAUUACACAGCGUUAAUCUCCGUUAAGUCUAAAACAACAUCGGGGGUGAUUGGUUGGGUUGUAGGAAGUGACUUUAGCUUUAAUUUUUAUCUACAACCUUAAAUAAAAUCAAUCAUGCUUUAUCUUAGUUUUUAAAACUACAACCACAAAACUAAAGUUACAGCAAAAACAUACAAAAAAAAAUGGUUGUAAAAAUUCUAUUUUCUAAAGCCCUAUUUUUUUAACUGUAGGAAAUUUUAAAGCUACAUCUCUUAAAGUUAAAUCAAAAAAUUCUAGAGACUAAUUUCUAAAGUAAUUUUUCUACAGUUACAGCCUAACCAAUCACCUCCAUCAUUUUGAUUUAAAUAAUGCUUAACUGUAAUUUAAAUAACAAAAAUGAAAAAUGUGAGCAUGAUGGUGUUCCAAAUGAAAAGAAUGCUUCUAUUUUAAAAUUUAUUUUUAUUGAAAAAUAUGGAUGAAAAUAAGGAAGAUGAAAGGGAAAAAUGUAUUACUUGUGUAUAGUGAACCAGACCGGAAAAGAAAAACUAAUAUAGUAUAACUCCCUAUAAAAAAGAUAUUCGCUAAUGUAUCAGACAAUACAUUUUCAAUAAGAGGAAUAAAAACAGUUGAGAACAUAUUCUUUAGCUUUAUUAGCUUUUUAAGUUCAGUGGAAAAGAUAAACCUUGCUUUUGGAUCUUGAAUAAUCGAGACUAGAUCAUUACAAUCCGUUCCAAAAGCUUAACACAUCGAUGCCUGUAGCAUACAUUCCAUUACCCAUGAAAGAGUUUUGAACUCCGAAUGAAGUGGUGAGAUUCUUCUUUGUUGGUUUCUUGUUCCCAAUAACUGAGUUUCUCCUUUAGAAUUUAUUCAUCUACAUCCGUAACCAAUGAAGAGUAUGUCAUGUGUCCAUGAUCCAUCUAUCGUAUAUCUGAUAUCUCCCAUAGAUUGUUACAUGUUCAUGUAUUUCCGCUGGUUAAUAAGAACUUUUGAAAGUAUAUAUUUCGAUCAAUAUUUUUGUCCUAAAACUCAUAGAUACGUUGAACCAGUUCAUGGACCCGGGAUGUCGAUAGAGUUAAACGACCAAUUCAAAUUUCUUCGACAAGUUGUUGACAUGUUUUAAAAAUUAUACAUGUUGACAACUUAAAUAUUAACGUUACCCAACCUUUUGAUUAUAUUAAGACGUUGGAUAAUCCUUUUGCGUUCAAAACAACUUGACAAAACACACAAGGUCAACCAACACUCAACAAAAACUCUGUUUCUGCUUUUUCUUUCCCCAGAAGCUAGCUCACACAUGGCUGCUUCGUCAUCAGUUGCAACCCGAAUAGGGCCUCAAGUGUUCAUCAGCUUCCGGGGAGAAGACGUGCGCAACCACUUCGUAAGCUUUCUCGACCCUGCUUUGAGAAGAGCGAAUAUAAAUGUUUUCUUAGACGAGAACGAGUUAUUGAACACAGACCUAGCUAGCCUGUUGACGAGGAUAGAAGAGUCCGAGAUCGCAAUGGUAAUCUUCUCAAAUAAUUACCCCGACUCAGAUAGGAGCUUGGAUGGGCUGGCCAAGAUGAAGGAACUUAGGGAUCAAGGUCGUCUCAUAGUGAUUCCCAUAUUCUACAAUCUUGAUCCUUUGGUUGUGAAAGAACUUAGAGGAGACUUUGGCGAUAAGUUUAGAGAUUUGCAGCGCAUACAUCUACACCAGCUAGAAAGAACUCAGAAAUGGGAGGAAGCUUUAGUUACUAUUCCUGACAUAAGAGGCAUGCCCCGAGCAGAACAAAGUGACACUACAGAUUACCAUUUCAUAGAGUCAAUGGUUGUCCUGAUACAAAGAUUUCUGGAUCAUGUGGCCGUGAGAGGAAACCCAAGAGAAGUGAUCCUACAAUGAGGUUUCACGGUCCCUGCAAUGCAACUAGAAAGAGGAUAUGAGGGAUGUAUGCAAGCUUGGUUGGCAACGAGAUGAGGAGCCUUUUAUUUUUAUCAUCAAAUUGUUUUUGUUUUGAAUAUUUAAGCAACUCAGUUGUGCAAAAACGUUUAUUUUUCUUUUGAAUCAACUUAAAAUUCAUUAAAAAAAAAAAUUUAAGUGGAAAGUGAAGCAAAUCGUCAAGCAGUGGAAUCCAGAAAUCUCUUUAAAUAACAAAUUUUCUCAUAUGCAAACCAAAAAGAAACACUUUGUAAAAUUUAUUUUAUUCAAUUUACAAUUUUUUUUUCUAGUAGUGUUGUUUUCAUCUUUACCGAAGUUUAGUUUUAUAGUUAAAAUAGUUGUUCUGGUCAUAUACUCUCAUACUGUAUUUUGGGUUACAUAUAAUAUUCAGUUCCAUAUGCGAAACAUAUUAAGACUAAAAAAACAUAAUUGUUGUUCACAAUGCAAAACAUAAACCAAUAGGUCAAAUGUAA